GUGAGGAGGAGAAUGAUUUCCUUUUGAGAGCCGCGCGUGCUCCGAUUUCAAGCUGCCCUAGCAUUCGUAAUGGUGGACGUUCGAUUAGUAAACACGAGGAUAAAUUACGUCAUUAAACUUCGAGUCUUUGGAUUUGUCAACACAAUUAAAUUUCUAAAACCGUUGCUUUAUUUAUUAAUUGCUUCGAUAAUUCAUUUCAAAUUUAGUGAUGACAUUAUCUUAACCUUCAAUUCCAAGUUUCAAUUAAAGGAUGUAGUAGCCAAGAAGGGAAUCAGUUAGAUCUUACAGCAUUUCGAUGUGUUAUUUAGAAGAUGCUCUCUCCAUUCUAGAGGUUAUUUUAUCAAAAUACGGAUUGAAGAUACAUUUGAAAUUAAACGUAAAUCAUCCCGUUUAACCUUGGCCAACCCUUCAUCAAUGGAGUUCAACGAACUUCUUAGUAUGUUUGAGGAAUUUGACGACUCUUAGUAGUCAAUUAUUAUAAAUUUAAAGUCAUUGGGGAGACAGAAUGGCUGAAAAAUCGACAAAAAUGGUAACGAGAUUUCAUCCAACUCAUGGGGAGAACAUCAUACUAUGUGAAGAUAGUACAGUUGCUUAUCGCACAGCAAGCUUUGCUAAUUCUUUAGCAUUCAGUGAAAAACCAUUACAACCUGGUGAAAUUUUCCUAGUUGAAAUAGAGAAAACUGAAAGUGGUUGGAGCGGUCACAUGCGUCUUGGUUUGACUUUAAUUGAUCCAGCCUCCGUUAAAAACAAUCUGCCUCAAUAUGGCAUGCCUAAUCUUGUUAAACUGGGCAAUAGCUGGAUCUUUGCUAUUACCAAAAGUUACAAUAUUUGGGAUAGCUUUGAAGGUAUCGCUGGGACUGGCUACGGCGAAGGUAUCCCUAUGAGAGAGAAAAAACUGAUCACAGAUGGAGUAAAAGUUCAAACAUCUCGUGGUGUUAUACCAUUUAAUGCUCUUCGACCCAGUGCUAUUGGAUCCCACUAUAUUUUACCCACCGAUGCUGGUAGCCGUAUUGGAAUUAUGUACGUUCCACAAACUGGAUCAGAUACUGCUGAAAUGCAUUUUAUUAUUAAUGGAGAAGAUCAAGGAGUAUGUAGUAAGGAUAUACCUUACAAAGCUGGACCAUUACAUGCUGUAGUAGAUGUUUACGGUACUACAAAACAAGUGAGAAUAGUGCAACUAUAUGGUGUGUCAACAUUACAAAGCGCCUGUAGAGAUGCUAUUUUACAAUAUACCAAAAGGAACGCAGUAGACUCUCUUCCACUUCCUCGGAUAUUAAAGGAUUAUUUACUUUACCAGUCGCAGUGAGAGUUAUAACAUUCCAUUCUAUUUUAUUUUUUUUCAUUUCUUCUGUUUUUAUCUUCAUAUAUCAACUGCCAUUUCGUUUUUUCUUGUUUUUCUACUAUAUAUCACUUUAGGGAUUUGUUUUUCUUUUCUUUUUUUUGCAUUUAUUUUUGUAUUAACUAUUUCUACAUGGUUAUAUUAUAAAGUCAUGCGUAAAUUAUACGUAAUGAAAAUAUUUGUACAUCUUUCCAUUAUUAUUAUUAUUAUUUAGAUAAAGAAUUUUUUUAUAAACAAAAAUCAUAUUAAUAUUUGUAUAUGAGAGUGCAUUAAAAUAACAUUCACAUCUAGUAUGUAAGUUAUCUCCUUCCAAUAAUAUAAUUAUUACUCCAUUCGCGAGUGUAAAUAAUGUAAGAAAAUAUUGUUAAAAAAAGAAAAAAAAAAGGAACAAGAUGAACCGCGACAUUUAAAAAAAGAAUCAAAUAAACCGAA